AUGUUCAAGCUCGCUCGUGGUCGUUCCGUUGCUGCCGCCUUCCGGGCUGCGACUAAGCCUUCCGUUCAGUCGAGAUUCGCUCAACAGCAGCAGCGUAACCUCUCCGUUCACGAAUACCUGGCUGCGCGCCUUUUGAAGCAGUACGGUGUUGGUGUGCCCAAGGGUGAGGUCGCUCACACCGCUGAAGAGGCUGAGGCUGUUGCCCGGUCUAUCGGUAACGAUGACAUGGUCAUCAAGGCCCAGGUUCUUGCCGGUGGCCGUGGUAAGGGUCACUUCACCAAUGGUCUCAAGGGUGGUGUCCGUGUUAUUUACUCUCCUACCGAGGCCAAGAUGUUCGCCGACCAGAUGAUCGGCCAGAAGCUCAUCACCAAGCAGACCGGUGCCGCUGGUCGCGCCUGUAACUCUGUGUACAUCUGUGAGCGCAAGUUCGCUCGCCGUGAGUUCUACCUCGCUGUCCUCAUGGACCGUGCUACCCAGGGCCCCGUUAUCGUCGCCUCAUCGCAGGGUGGUAUGGAUAUCGAGACCGUCGCCAAGGAGAACCCCGAGGCCAUCAUCACCACUCCCAUUGACAUUCACACCGGUGUCACCGAUGACAUCGCCCGCACCAUCGCCACCGACCUUGGUUUCUCUGAGCAGUGCAUCGAGGAGGCCAAGACCACCAUCCAGAACCUCUACCGUGUCUUCAUGGAGAAGGAUGCCACUCAGCUCGAGAUUAACCCCCUCUCCGAGACCUCCGACCACCAGGUUCUGGCCAUGGACGCCAAGCUGGGCUUCGACGACAACGCCGAGUUCCGCCAGAAGGAUGUCUUCGAGUGGCGCGAUGAGACCCAGGAGGAUGCCGAUGAGGUCAAGGCUGCCGAGCACGGCCUGAACUUCAUCAAGCUCGAUGGUGACAUUGGCUGCUUGGUCAACGGUGCCGGUCUUGCCAUGGCCACCAUGGACAUCAUCAAGCUGAACGGUGGUAGCCCCGCUAACUUCCUUGACGUUGGUGGUGGUGCUACCCCCGCUGCUAUUAAGAGCGCCUUCGAGCUGAUCACCAGCGACCCCAAGGUCUCUGCUGUCUUUGUUAACAUCUUCGGUGGUAUUGUCCGCUGUGAUGCUAUCGCUCAGGGUCUGAUCAACGUUGUGAACGAGAUGAACUUGCGCACUCCCAUCAUUGCCCGUCUCCAGGGUACCAACAUGGAGCAGGCUCACAAGCUGAUCAACGAGUCUGGUCUUAAGAUCUUCUCCAUCGAGGACCUCCAGACUGCCGCCGAGAAGUCGGUCCAGUUCUCCAAGGUUGUCAAGCUGGCUCGUGAGAUCGAUGUUGGUGUCGAGUUCACCCUGGGUAUCUAA